GUCCUCGUAGCAAUAUUAACAGCGGAACCUACCACGAACACUCUUUCUUCUCUUUAUACAAUAUCACUGUAAUGCAAAGCUUUAUGUUUGUUAACGAGUUUAAGAGCUCAUACUCGUUUUCUUCUCGAGAGCAUGGCUGUACAAUAUCCCCAUCUGUCAAUCGACUUCGACGCAAACGGGCUUUGGUGUGGAAUAGUAAGAAAGUGCCCAGACCGCAAAAUGCUUUUAUGCUGUACCUUCAAGCAGUACGCCCCAGUAUACUUUCUCAAGACCCAAAACUACACAACAAGGAUAUCUCAAGGAAAGCUGGAGAACUAUGGAAAAAAGAACCGGAAGAAAUUAAAAAGCAUUUUGAGCGAAAAGCCGAUGAAGAAAAACUGUACCAUUCUCAAGCACACCCUGGCUACAAAUAUCGACCGCAACAGAAAAAGCGAAGUUACGAAAACCCUUCACGAGAGCAAAAGACGGAAGAAGCCGUGCCCUGUCAACCUGGUGAAAGCACCGGCGAAGACACCUUUAAGCAAGCUUAUGAAAAGCAAGAUCUUCUAGCGAACUCGCCACCAUCACAGUGCCUAGACGCGACCAUAGUACAAACCUUUUUCGAUCAGACGACUUACGCCUGGUACAACGAUAACAUUUUAUUGUAA